AUGGCUCCCUCCGCCACCGAGCAAACCGACGUUACCUACGAGGACCUGAUCCAGCUGGAGCAGGAAUUUGAGGAUGCCGACCUCCAGAUCAUCCGCCAGCAGUACAAGAUCACCCAGCCUCUCUACAAGAAGCGCCAGGACGUGAUCUCCAAGCUCCCCAACUUCUGGGCCCUCGUCUUUGAGCAGGUGCCGCCCGAGCUCGACAACUUCAUCCAGCCCUCGGACUCCAGCAUCUUCGCCGACUGCCUCAAGAGCAUCGAGGUGACGCGCUUCGAGAUCGACGACCCGGCCGGCUCGCCGCGCAGCUUCUCGGUCAAGUUUGGCUUCGGCCCUAACAAGUACUUCGACAACGAGGUGCUGGAGAAGAAGUUCUGGUACCGCCGCGCCCUCGACGGCUGGUCGGGCCUGGUGUCGGAGCCGGUCAAGAUCAACUGGAAGAAGGGCCAGGACGUGACCGAAGGCCUCACCGACGCCGCCGUCGAGCUGUUCGAGGCCCGCAAGACGCUGUCGGCCGAGAAGGUCAAGAGCGAGUUCAAGAAGCUGCCCCAGUACAAGAAGCUCCUGGAGAAGAUGGAGCUGAGCGAGGAGGGCACCCUGAGCUUCUUCACCUUCUUCGGCUUCGUCUCGGCACGGCCCUUCGUCACCGCUGAGGAGUCUGCUAAGGCCACCAAGAAGGAGGCCGAGGACCGCGCCAAGAGGUCCAGGGGCGAGAAGGUCGAGGAGACGUCCCCGGAGGACGAGGAGGAUGAAGAGAUUCAGCUGUUCGCUGAGGAGUCCGAGGUCUUCCCUACUGGCGACGAGCUGGCCACGCUCAUUGCCGAGGACAUCUGGCCCAACGCCAUCAAGUACUUCACUUCUGCCCAGGAGGCUGACGACGACGACCUCUCGUCUAUCGAGGACAUUGAGGAUAUCGACGUCGACGACGAUGAGGACGAGCCGGUUGAUAUCCGCGCCCUUGUUGGCAAGGGCAAGAAGGAGAAGAACGGCGAGAGCUCUCCCCCGGCCAAGAAGCGCCGCACUUAA